AUGAAACCAAUCGAUGCUUCUGCUUCCAGAGGCCUGCUGGCGGCAGCGAAACGUCUACAGCUGGGACAGUCGUUCUACUGGAUCGCCAGCGACGGCUGGGGCAAGCAGGAGAGCCUGGUGCAGGGCGUGGAGGAGGUAGCCGAAGGCGCCAUCACCGUCGAGCUCACGUCCAAGCACAUUCCGGCCUUCGAUGCCUACAUGGCUUCGCUCACGCCCGACAACAACGCCAGGAACCCCUGGUUCAGGGAGUACUGGGAGGCGUUCUUCGACUGUCCACUGGAGCCGGCAGCUUCGAACAUCACGUGCGACCCCGACUUGCGACUGCUGCCAGAGAACGGCUUUGUGCAGGAGUCCAAGGUGCAGUUCGUCAUCGAUGCCGUGUAUGCGUUCGCGUACGCCCUGCAGACGCUGCAGCUGGAGGUGUGCGGAAACGCCUCUUACGUAUGCCCAGGCAUGAGGAAGUACGACGGGGGUGCCUUCUACAAGAAGUACCUGCUCAGCGUCUCCUUCAAAGAUCUGGCCGGCAGCAAGGUCAUGUUUGACGAGAGGGGCGACGGCCUGGCUCGGUACACCAUCUUCAACUACCAGCGAUCGGCGGACGGAGCGCAUCGUUACAAGGUGAUCGGCCGCUGGGAGGGUGAGCUCUUCAUGAGCCCGGGGGACGUCCAGUGGAACCCGGGCAGCGAGCCCACCGCAGGCGCCCGCCUGCCGCUCUCGGUCUGCGCCCUGCCCUGUCAGGUCGGAGAGGUCAAACGCAUGCAGCAGGGAGACACGUGCUGCUGGAUCUGCGACAGCUGCGAGCCAUACGAGUACAUGAAGGACCAGUACACCUGCGACGACUGCGGUCACGGCCGCUGGCCCUUCGACGACAAGCUCUCCUGCUACGACCUGGAGGUGCAGUACAUGAGGUGGACCUCGCCGCUGGCCAUCGGACCCAUCGUCAUCGCAGUGGUCGGUAUCCUGUUGACGCUGCUGGUGAUCGCGCUGUUCCUGCGUCACGACGACACGCCGAUCGUGAAGGCGUCGGGUCGCGAGCUGAGCUACAUGCUGCUGGCCGGCAUCCUCAUCUGCUACCUCAACACCUUCCUGCUGCUGACCAAGCCGAGUCCGGCCGCCUGCGCCCUGCAGCGGGUCGGCGUCGGCCUCGGCUUCGCCUUCAUCUACAGCGCCCUCUUCACCAAGACCAACCGCAUCUCGCGCAUCUUCGACUCGGCGUCGCGGUCGGCCAAGCGGCCGAGCUUCAUCAGUCCCAAGUCGCAGAUCGUGAUCGCCACGCUGCUCAUCAGCGUGCAGCUGCUGGCCACGGCCGUCUGGCUGCUGGUCGAGACGCCAGGCGUGCGCUCGCACUACCCGGACCGGCACCAGGUCAUCCUCAAGUGCCGCAUCAAGGACUCGUCCUUCCUCGUCUCGCUAGUCUACAACAUGGUGCUCAUCGUGGUGUGCACGGUGUACGCCGUGAAGGCGCGGAAGGUGCCCGAGAACUUCAACGAGACCAAGUUCAUCGCCUUCACCAUGUACACCACCUGCAUCAUCUGGCUGGCGUUCGUGCCCAUCUACUUCGGCACAGGCAACUCGUUCGAGGUGAGUCCAUCACCGGCUGAUCGAUGGGACGAUAUUUCCAGCGACAAUGGAUACUCGAUCAUAUUCCCGACGUGCAUAGACCCCAGGGAAUGA